AUGUCUGAGAAAGUUGAGGUUGCAGAGCUUGCAGCAGUUGCACACAUCAAAGCAACAAGGAACGAUACGUUUGUGCAUAUUACUGACAUGACAGGAUCUGAAACGAUUGCAAAGAUAACCGGAGGAAUGAGAGUGAAGGCACAGCGGGAUGAAGGAUCACCGUAUGCAGCGAUGCUUGCAGCACAGGAUGUAGCAACGAAGAUUCUUGGGCGAGGGAUCAAGGUAUUGCAUUUCAAACUGCGAGGAGCAGGAGGAGUGAAGCCAAUGGCACUUGGACCUGGUGCACAAACAGCAAUACGAACGCUAAUACGUGCAGGAUUGAAGGUUGGUAGGUUUGAGGAUGUGACGCCUGUAUCAAGAGAUCGUGUUAGGAAGCGUGGAGGCCAUCGGGGACGAAGAGUUUGA